UUGCAACACCUGUGGGUCACUAAAGGCACAGCCUGCAUCAUUCCUAUAAAUAGCUUUCAUCAUACCUUUGUUAAGGCUGUCGCAAUGUGUUGUAUCAUUUUAAGCUGUUUCUUUAUCAGACAUCCAGCGAAAUCCAAGAAGCGGCCGUCGCCUGCAGGGGACCCACCUCCUUACAAAAUCAAACCUCGCAUAACUGAGUUGAGCAAUCAAAAAACAACUGUUGUUUCUAAUGAAGCUCAAGCCGGUAUCCGCGAUACCAAAGCCAGUCACGAGAACUCCUAACCAGGGAGUAUUGAGUGG